CAGAAAGACAGGGAGACAUUUUUUUCCCCCUAGCAAUCCUGACUUGUAUCUCCUCUCAUUCAGACUCUAAAAGCUGCACCUUUUUCUUUGCAAUCAAGUUUUCACACUGCAAGUUCAGCUACUGUGGAGAUAUUUCUGAUUCACUCUCAGGCAUGAAGACUCAUUUUCUGCUCUGAGAACUGCAGACAAAAUAUACUGAAGUGCCUGUUUGUUUGAGAUGAUUCCAGCAUCAGGAGCAGCCAUUCCAAAGUGAAUCUCUGUUGAUCAAGGACAGAGAGGUGCUGGGGCCAGACUCUUUUUCUUUGCAGUUUACACAAAUGGACUAGUUGACUUAUUUUUGGAAGGUGAAGAGCGGGGUGACCUGGAGAGGAAGCACCCGGGAACAGAAAAGCUCCAGGAAGGAGGACGAGGAGGGAAAGGAGAAGGGUGCUUCAAACUGAGACAGCGCAUCCUCCCAUCUCAGAAACAGACACCAACAAGACCAGGUUUAUUUUUAUGUGUUUUAACAAAAAGAAACUGUAGGGAUUCUGCACGCUCACAUCCGGGACGCACCGGCACAGCGCCGCAGAAUGGAUCUCCCUCCAGUCAGAGAUAUGUCUGAUGUCCCUUGAGAUUUGGGAGUCCCUUACCCCGGUGCCACUGCUGGCUCCCCAGAAUGGAGCACACUCAUUCCCUGAGAAAUGAGCAGGACUCAGUACUCUCACUUGACCAGAUACGGGCCAUUCGGGCCAACAAUGACUAUGUGGACAGACCAGUGGCGCUGGAACCAGCAUCCCAGUCUGGAUUCUACUAUGCCCACGAGGACCGUAUAGUAUACAGCCACCACCCCCAUCCUUCUUCUUUCUCCUCUGCUCUGUCCCGCAGUCAAAGUCAGCAGCAGCAUGCUCAUCUGGCACACCUGAGCCGGUCCAGCACCGUGAGCUCCUCGAUUUCUCGGACCAGUGCCACAUCCGAUCAGCGGCUUCUGGCAGGUUUGACGCCAUCUCACUCUGGACUCAGUUCAGUCAUCCACUCUCAGCCUAAAGGGGAGCUUAAGUCUAACACUUCCUUCGGUAAAGGCCUGACAGACGAGGAGACAGAACAUUUGUUCAUCUGUGAACGAUGUGGCCGCUGCAAGUGUCAAGAAUGCUGCAGUCCCCGCCGCCUGCCUUCAUGCUGGGCCUGUGAGCAACGUUGUCUUUGCUCUGCCGAGAGCGCUGUGGAGUAUGGUACAUGCUUGUGUUGUGUGAAAGGCCUGUUCUAUCACUGUUCUGCCCAAGAUGACGAGGAUAACUGUGCUGAUCGGCCGUGCUCCUGUGCUGCUGCCCACGCCUGCGCUCGUUGGAGCACCAUGGCGCUGCUGGCGCUCUGUCUGCCCUGCCUCUGCUGCUACCCCCCUGCCAGGAUGUGUCUUGCACUUUGCCAGUGCGUCCAUGACCGAGCAACACGGCCUGGCUGCAGGUGCAGCAACACCAACACAGUGUGCCGCAAAAUUUCUGCCUCCAACCCUAAUGCCGGUCAUCCACCGCUACGAAGUAAAGACCUGGAAAAGUCGCUAUGACACCUUUAGAUUUGGGGAGAAAAUCAAACCAAAAAAAAAACAUUAGGACAUUGUGAUCCACCUGCCUACAAAUCCCAAUCUAACAAACCCAACGUCAAGUGUUGUUCUCCUAAAAUACUUUGAAUUUAGAUCUCCAACUCAGGGGGGACCAAAGACCUACUGUGCCUGUUCAUGUUGGAGACUUAAUGCCUGAACGCAAGAGCUCUACCUUCAACCCAGACUCUCAGACAAGAACAACCUCUCUUUGCCUUCUGUCUUGUUAUCUCAGCGUGAUAAAAUCUAUUUAUUUAUUGUUAAACCUCCUUCCUCCCCACCCUUUGCAAAAGAUUCUAGUGGAGCACAGAGAAGAGUGACCGGCCCGCAGCAGUGUGUACAAUCUUCGCCAACAAGUGUUUCAUUCUUCAGAAACAGAAUUUUAGAGCAAGGACUGAAACUGAUGUCCUGAGCACUUAUUACAAUCUACUGACAAGAAGGGAACAAAUUCAAUCUUUUUGCUUCGUUGAUUGCUUUACCUGGGUUAAGCAAAGCAUAAAGACCAUAAAGUGACUGUCUUCACAAUCUGAAACCAAACAGUGGGACCAUCCACUGUACUGACUAAGUGAAUUUAAAUGCUAUUAAGCUCAUUUGUAAAAGAAAAGCACUGUGAGGUGGAUGGACGAUGUUUUCCACCCAGAACUGAACCGGGGAUUGUUAAUCCAGAGAAGAUGCAUCCAUUGUGUCAGGGCAGCGUGUGAAUGUCCUCCUACUGUACAACCUGUGUGUAUGUGUGUGUGUGUGUGUGUGUGUGUGGGUGUGUGUGUGUGUGUGUGUGUGUGUGUGUGUGUGUGUGUGUGUGUGUGUGUGUGUUGUUUUGUCAGCAGAAGACUCCCUUGUCUUUAUUUUUAGCUGUGCUGCUUUUGUCAAGCUCCAGGAGUCUGGUCAGGUUUCCUCUUGAAGUCAGUCUGUCGCCAGCCUCACCCCACUGACCGACCUCCAUCUUCCUUCUCCACUCCUCUUUUUUUAUCUAUUUACUCAUCCACCAAUCAGGUGAUACCUUGGUUUUUGAGGGUUAGAUUUGUUAAUAAACAAAAUUACCCCGAGAAGAGCUUGCCUUUUGAUCUUUUGAAGUUUUCGGUCAUAAUGACAUCUGACGAAGGCUCAACCCAGACAGAUGGAAGAGAACUAAGACAAUCCAACUAGAAAGUAGACACGAGGCAUUUAUAUUGUAUCUCCCUCCUGCCUCAUCUGUCUUCCCUCUAAAGCUCAGACGGCUAAAAGCCUCCAGUUCCAGGCCCACAGAGAGUUGAUCAAACAGGCAAUUAGCUUCCUGUUAGCUCUUAAUGGGCCAUAGAAGACCGGAGUGUGGGAGGGAGGGAGGAGAGCGGACAGGAUGCAGGAGGAGUUGUGGUGUUUGGCAGAUGGAGAGAGGGAUGCUAAGAGGGGGAAAAAGAGGUGGUUGAUGUUGCAAUGAGAUCAUCCCUUUUUUUCUAUUUCAGCACUUCAGGCUUCAAUGAAAGAGAAAUGCAACAUUCUCAAAAAGGGGGAAUCUAAGGCGAAUGAAUACAACAGUCACACGAGUGUGGGUGUGUAUUUGUGUGAAGGGUUGGGCGUGUGCAGAUGUUUUCCAGUGUAUGUGCGUGUGUGUAGGUUUCAGAAUGAAUAUGUUUUAGCUUGUCUGUGCAUGAAUAAGCACAGACGUACACAUUGACCUGAUAUAUUAUUUUGAUAUAUUUUUAUAUGUAAUUGUGGACCUUCAGCUGUAUAGCUAUUUUUAUUCAGUUUUAUUUUCAGACAAUGAUAUUGUUUUCCAUUAAAGUGAGAAAUUUUCUGUGUUACUACACAAUUGUGAUCUUUUCUGAAAAUUUUUAGGGCAACUCUCACAAGCAUCCUGGGUUUUAGAAACAAGUCUAACACCCAGUUGAUAUGUGCAGUUAGUGACAAAUGGAUCUUGCCUUGUGCACCUGGUCCCACAGUGAACCCCAUCAGAAGAAACAUAUGAAGGUCCAUGUCUUAAUUAACUAUUUUCGUUGCACACUGAGGCGUUUCAUUGUUUUUUCCUCCUUUUGUAAUUUUGUCGUAAGACAAAGAAUGAAAAUGAGCUAUCAUGCCAAAAAUCAUGGUAAUGUUGACUGUCCGAAAUGUCAUGUUUGUUAGCAACCAGCUGCAGCUCCUGUUACCUGGGCAGAUAGCCUGACCAGCUAACAUAGGCUUGUUGUGUCAGUUAAUAAAGACAAAAAUGGGAAAAAGUUUUCAAGUGCUAAUUCUGCACAAUUAGCACUUGAAAACUUCAGAGUAUAAUACAAAUAACGAGAAAUACAUAUUCCAUCACUAUAAUGUUAUUAUAGCAGCAUUUGUCAUUGUCUAUGUUAUGAAGCGGCACUGUCCAGGGUUUGUCUGAGAGUUGCCCUAGAUUUUUCCAUACUUCACUGAUCCUACACUGAAAGUUGAGUUUUGACUUUUUAAUGUUUUCCUCCUCUUUUGUUUGUAAGUCACAAUGUUGCAACUUUUUUUGCAUUUACUAUUGUCUACGCCAUAAUUACUGCAAAUAGUUCAAACAACAUAAUCAGAUUCUCAGUAAUCAAAUCCCUAAAUGUUACGUCCACAUCAAUGAAGAUACAGAUGAGGACCCAUUUUUAUAUUUUAGACACAUAAAACAAUGCUUCUGAAAACAAAAAGAAGUUCCUUAUUGGAGCCAGUUUUGAUUCUUUGCUGGUAUAAUGCAUGUGUCUGUGAAUAACUAUGCUUCAAAAGCAGCAGAACAGCUUGGGUGCCUGAUUUAAAAACAGAAGCAUGCUGUGGUAAACAUUUUUAAAAUAAUGUUUUUCAGCUGCAUCUUCAUUGUUGUGGGCCCAGUGGAUUCUGCACAGAAUCUCCUCUUCAAUGGCUGAAUGCCUGCAGUCAAACCUUGGUGCUUAUGAAGACCAUGAGAGGAACAAUGGUUUCAUUCUGGAUACGUUUUAGCUUGAACUCUUUAGCUGCUCGGUUUGUUAUGUUCAGAAACACACAGAGAAAGUUAAUGCAGUUCCACACAAACUUAGUUUAAAUUAAUGGUUUUUAAGAGUUCAUAGUUUUACUGACACAUCUGGACUGAAACCUGCCAAACUAAUUAAUGUUCUGAAACAUGAACUGAGUUCAAAAAGCUGCAGCAAAGUGUUAACCUUUUUUUUCAUUUUACCCUCCAUCUUUCCUCCCAUUUUCCUCUCCUAACUUUAUUCCUGUUGCUUUCCUGCAUCUUUCCAUCUUUUUCUUCUUUCUCAUUUUCUUUUUUACUUCUUUUCCUUCUUCUUCCUGUGUCCUUCUUUUCUUUUGAAAAUUUUCCUUCUUCAUCCUCCAUUUCCUUCUUUCCUUUCUCUCUUUAUUCCCUCUUUUCAGUUUGCUUUUUCUUCCUCAUCCUUCUGUCCCUCUUUCUGUCCUUUUUACAUUGUGAACAAACGUCAUCUCCAAUUUUACCCUAUAAAUACAGUCAAAUUCUGGCAAACACAGCUGCUGGUAUUUUCCCAUAAAUUAGUGACAUUUUUUUUUACAGUGCUCUCUUUCAUUCUUCCUCCUCUUUUCAUUACUUCUAAUUCCUUGCUUCCUCGCACCUUAGAUGUCUUCCUUCCUGUAUUAUAUUUAGAUGCUUUUCUCAAUAGAUAUAUUUUCUGUAAAAUCACAAAAAACACUUUCAAUUUGCAAACCAAAAAAUGUCAAAACUUUGACGAAGAAUUAAUUUCAGUUGAAAGAGUUUUGAAAGAGUUUUGGUUAGCAUGCUGCUCUUGCUGCUCUUCAUCCUCCACAACUCGCCUUACCAGAUGAUUCUGUAUGUCUGUCUGAAUUCAGUCCUUUGCAUCGUCAGGAAUCUGCCUGCUGCUAAAUGUUUGAAGGCUCCCACAGUAACCACUCCACUUCUCCUUGGGUUGCAGCAUCUUUCCUGGUGCUGGUUGGCAUCUUGUAAGUUGUUAAUAAAAAUUUAGGGAGAAUAUAUAGAACAAAACAAAUAGAAAUUUAUCUAAAAAAAAAAAAUCUGCAAUAUGCAUUUCACAGUUGGUUACACUGCUGUUUUUGCUUCAUCUAUAUAUUUAUUUGAAUGGUUGCAACAAUUGUGCUAACAUUAACCAUAUUGUAUUUGUUUUGCAGCACUCUGUGAAAGUGAAGAGCACCAAUGUUGUUGUUUGAGUUUCUUGUUCCUCUCAGUGUUGUGUGGCUGCUGCUGCUGCCCUCCAGGCAAAAGACGAACCAAUAAAAGAACAGUUUUCAA